CUCCAACCCUACAUCAUACAUCCACGUUUCCCUGUCCACAUCUCGGGACCCGUGCAUAGCCCCUCAACACCAGGGCUUAUUCGAUUCGAGCUGGUCUCUCGCAUCCUCGAUACACCUGCAGCACCUGCCGUGCCUCUAUUCCCCCCAGACAGUCUGCUCAGUGCACUCAGUGUCGCCCUGCCGCCACCGUCGCAAUGACGCUCCGGCUGUUAGCGGCAGGCCUGCUUGGCUUGGGCGUGCGCCUCACCAGCGCCUAUGAGAGCCAGGAACCGCUCUCCAACUGGGCUGGCGCAUGUCCUGAAUACACUCUCUACUCUACCUUUCCACAUCGUCCCUUUAGCACCGGCCCCAAAGCGCUACCGUACCAACGACCGAGCCCGCAAUGUCGAACCUUCCAGUCGGCCGAGAUCGAGAGAGUCAUCGAGGAGGUGACGGGGCUCAUUCAGGACCCGGAUCUUGCGCGCCUGUUCGAGAACACGUUCCCCUCAACGACGGACACGACGGUCAAGUUCCACACAAAGGGCAAGGAAGAAUCAGGCUUCUUCAAAAUGAACGGGUUCGGGUUUCGGGACGAAGGCGCCUGGGAAGGGCCACAGUCCUUCAUCAUCACCGGCGACAUCAUUGCCGAGUGGCUGCGAGACUCGACGAACCAGCUGCGGCCCUACCAACCUCUGGCCAAGAAAGAUCCAGCCAUCCAUACGCUGCUUCUCGGCGCCAUCAACACCCAGGCCGAGUAUGUGAUUAAAUCUCCUUACUGCAAUGCCUUCCAACCACCUCCCAUCAGCAACCUCCCCCCCGCGAACAACGGCCAGGACGACAAAGUUCACCCAGUUUAUGAGCCCCGCGCCGUCUUCGAGUGCAAGUACGAGCUGGAUUCCCUAGCCCAUUUCUUGGCGCUGGCCAACGACUUCUACGAGCACUCUGAAUCAACCGAAUUCCUCAACAAGAGAUGGUAUCUUGCUGUCGAUACACUGUUGCAGGUCCUUGAGCAACAGUCCAAGCCAACGUUUGAUCCUGAAACGGGUAGACACCAGCGCAAUGAGUACACUUUCCAGCGACAAACCAACCUUGGAACCGAGACUCUUAACCUCCAAGGUGUGGGCAACCCCUUGAACUUCGGAACCGGGUUGGUCCGGUCGGCGUUCCGACCCAGCGACGACGCAACGAUUCUGGGCUUCUUCAUCCCUGCCAAUGCCAUGAUGUCUGUGGAGCUCAAGCGAGCGGCCACAAUGUUGAAGGCGGCCGGCAAAGCACAGCUCGCUCAAACCCUAGAGGACUGGAGCAAGACGUUGAGAGAUGGCAUCUUGGAGCACGCUGUCGUCAAGCACAAAAAGUACGGCGACGUGUUUGCCUUUGAGGUGGAUGGGUACGGGUCGUCGAUCCUAAUGGACGAUGCCAACUACCCGUCACUGUUAGCGUUGCCUCUUAUGGGAUUCUGCGAGGCUAGCGAUCCUAUAUAUAAGAACACGAGGAAGAUGUUGCUGGAGAAGUCAGGCAACCCCUAUUACCUGACAGGAAGGGACUUUAAGGGUAUUGGAGGGCCACACAUCGGCUUGAGGAACGCCUGGCCAAUGAGUCUGCUGAUCCAGGCCCAGACAUCUGAUGACGACGCCGAGAUCAAGGAGUGCCUGGACCUCGUGCUGGACUCGGCGAAGCUUGGUCUAGUCCACGAGAGUAUCGACGUGCAGUACAUGUCACAAUAUACGAGGAGUUGGUUCGCGUGGGCCAACGGCGUGUUUGCGGUGACGAUUUUGGACUUGGCCAAGAGGAAGCCAUACUUGAUCUUUGGAGAAGGGGCCGAGCCGUACGAGGUGUGAGAAGGAAGAAACGAGACGGCAUAGCAUGACACGACACUGGGAACGACACCUGGCGCAUUUUAGACAUGGUUGAAUUGUAAAAACUGACAAAAUCAGAGGUGUUGGGCUUGUGUUUCAUGGUUGAUGGCUGAGCCACCCAAUCGGACGAAGGAGCCAGACAACGAGAGGCAGAUAGGGACAGCACCCCAAAGACAGACACGACCGAAGAACUGUAUAACACGCACAACAAGCGGCACGACAUUGGGAAGGGGUUUAUUCAUCCCACUAUUGGGUUCGGCGCUGACGUUGGGUUGUUAACGGAACAAGCCAUUAGCUUAGAUUGAUUAAUGACAUUGGAGAUUUUUAACCGCUCCGCCGCCGGCCAGACCUUGG